AUGGAAGAAGGUAGUAAAACUCUGGUCUCAGAAGGUAAUUCCCAUUCAGACGAUGUCCCUAAAUUGCUUUUAGAGUAUAUUACCCUGUCUCUUCAGUUUAUUGAAAAAGAAGAAUUUGAAAAUGCUCUUGAAGCUCUUUCACAAAGUGAAGAAUUACUUGAAGCAAUUACGACACAGUCAGGCUACGUAGACCCUGAUCUUAUAUUAGUUACCAUUCACAAUAUUGCGCUUUGCCAUCAAAAGUAUUAAAUAAUAUAGACUAAACCGAUUAGAAGAAUGUGCUUCAUAUCUCGAUGGGUGCUUAUUUAACAUACGCACCAAAAGAAACCUUCAAAAAGAUAAACAAGACUCAAAAGCACAAAACUCUGCUGCUGAAAAGCUAAAAUAUUUGAAAUACGAAUGUAAAGCUCACAUACAGCUAUGCGCAAUCCAUUCGCAGUUAAAUAAGCAUGAGUCAGCAUUUUCUCAUGCGAAAAUUGCAGUAAAACGAGCACAGUCUAUUAUACAGUAUUGCUACAAGGUCUGUAAUAACCAUAUACAGCGGCAAAAGAAACCAGGAUCUUCUAUAAAAUUCCGAUCGAGAAAUUUUGAGCAGUGCAAAUAUAUGGAAACUCCUCAAUACCAACACUUUAACGAGCUGAUCGUAAAAUCUUUUCCUCUGCUUGAAUACCUUACUGCAAAAUUUGAAGGAAAAAGAAUGAUUAGAAGGCAAAGCAUGAAAGUCCCAAAAUUAGACAUGAGAAGCGUUUUAGGUGUACAGCACCAUAAUGACUGGGUUUAUGCGUAUAGUUUGUUUACCUUAAUAGAUCUCUCUGUAAAGUGAAAUACCGAACAGAACAAAUAUGAAUCAGAACAUUUGCCUUAUGCAUUAUAAGCCUAUUAGGCACCUCAAAACCAUAAACGGGGAUAUCUCAUUUUCAUUUGUACUUUUUCAAAAGAUUGGCAAGCACAAAUUAUUUUAAAAUUAAAAUAGACGAUCAAUGUUGAUCUAUUAAAAUUCAGAGACUAUAUAAUAUUGGAGACAUGAUGGCAAUCCAGCUGCUUUCUAUUUUAGAGCUUAAAACCAGUUUUGGUGUCCAAGCAGAAUUCACUCGAGAUCUGAUGCUUGACAAAAUUUUCCUUCUCGUUGUUUCCCAUUUUUGCAUGGCAACUGAACUGCGGUUUUUAGCAUGCUCUGAAAAUUCUACAAUAAAAGCUAAAGAAGCCCGAAUUUGGCACAAAAAAGCUAUGGAUUAUGCCAAAAGCUACCUACCUGUAGAGUGUCCUCUUUACGAUCAUGUGAAAUCAAGUUAUCACAGGAACUAUAAAGAAGAUCUUUCAAACACAAUUAACAAAAAAAAAGAAAAAAACUCAAAAUCCCAGCGAAAAUUAGAGAGUUCGUUUAGGUCAAAACGAGCCAAAACCCCUCAUACCGAGCAAACCAAGUCGCAGUCAAAACUCAGGUCAAGCUCAGCGAAAAAUAAUUUGGUAUUAAAAGAGGAAAACAGAAAUCGACUAAGCCAGCGUCACAAGACCCCACAGCUUAAACAUAGUGUGGGGAAAAACCCACCGAAACCUGAAGAGUUUUCUAUAGAGCAGCAAGAAACGAAUUUUACUGAGCCAAGUCCGAAAAAUGAAAAACAGUAUAAAAUAGACGUUAAACCGGAAAAUUAUAUACAUAAACAAAAUGAUAUGUCGCAUCCUGUACCUUAUGAUGAAUUGGAUGCUAAAUUGAAAAAAAUACAGGAGCAUUAUAACAAACAAAACAAAAACACUUGCAGUGAGGAGAGUGAAGAAAUAGACAGAGAAGAAAUUAUAAUAACUUCAUAUGAUCUAUAUGGAAUCCAUUCAGACGAAGAAGAUGAAGAUUACGAAAAUUUCCAAGAAUCAGACAGCACUGGAGGGAGAAAUGAGAAUGAAGGAUUUUACUUGAAAGAAAAUAAUAUGAUAGGGAAAAUUAUAAGUGGGACCGGCGGAGGACAUUAG